UCACAAACACAGGUGGGAGAAGCCCAGAAACACGACGCAAACACCGGCUUCCGCUACCCUAGGCCUACACUACACACUUACUACCAGAGACACUAUAAUAAUUAAAUACUCUCUGUUACUACUUAGCCUACGGAUCCGUACUACUUACACGGUCCGUCCGCCGUCCAGCACACACCUUGGGCUUGGGAUCCAAAGCGACUUUUUCUAUUCCGAUUCAGGACUGUACCAAGUAUGGGGAGAAAGACAAAGAAGAAUACUAAGGGAAAUGCUGCCCAGAACCAGCCCCCAGCAUCAUCCAGCAAACAAGAGGCUGCAGCCGCCCCUCCCCCUGAGCUGCCAAAAGCAGCCAAAAAAGAUGUUGCAGAGCUUGUGACGCAGUUACUGGAGAAAUGUUCUAAGCCACCAGAAUCGGGUGCAAAAGAAUGGGAGGAUUACCCUGACAUUCAUGGUUUGGUGGAAAAGAUCAGGAAAAUUCAGUCAGUACUGGCCCCACCUGAGAGCAGCAGAGCUGAUCAGUUUCCAGCCUUCAUCAGUUGGUUAAAUAGCAAUGGUGUAGACACAUCAGCGGUACAGAUAGCAGAAUUUCCUGAAGUUGGCCAUGGUCUUAAGGCCACAAGAGAUUUGAAGGAAGCUGAGAAACUGCUGCAAAUUCCAAGGAAACUAAUGUUCACAGUGGAUUCUGCCAAACAGACAGCUUUAGGACCAUUGAUUGCUGAAGACAAAAUCUUGCAAGUGAUGCCAAAUGUGAUCCUAGCUCUCCAUCUCUUGAAUGAGAAACUGAAUCCACAGUCAUUUUGGAAACCUUAUAUAGAUAUCCUCCCGACUCAGUAUUCUACUCCUCUGUACUGGGGUCCUGAUGAUCUUCAGCUCUUGAAGGGAUCUCCUGUGCAAGGUGAUGCGAUCAGUCAGUACAGGAACAUCGCAAGACAAUAUGCAUAUUUCUACAGACUUCUUCAGAAAAAUCCUGCUGCAAGCAAACUUCUGCUGAAAGACAAUUUCACAUUUGAGAACUACAGGUGGGCAGUGUCCUCAGUGAUGACACGCCAGAACCAGAUCCCUGCCCGAGAUGGGUCAAGAGCAACCCUGGGUCUCAUCCCAUUGUGGGAUAUGUGCAAUCACACUAACGGCAUUUACACAUCAGACUACAAUGCGGAAGCAGAUGCCUGUGAAUGUUACUGUCUCAAAGACUUUGCCCCUGAUCAACAGAUUCUCAUAUUUUAUGGUCCUCGCUCCAACGGGGAGUUCCUGGUGCACAACGGCUUUGUGUAUGCUGACAAUGAGCAUGACCAACUGCGUCUCAAAUUAGGCAUCAGUAAAGGAGACUCGUUGUUUGCCUUAAAGUCAGAGUUGCUGGGAAAGCUAAGUCUCCCUCCCUCCAGAUCAUUCUUUUUACACCGAGGACGGUUUCCUGUUGAUGGGGAUCUGCUAGCCUUCCUCAGGGUGUUCAGCAUGGAUGAAGACACUCUAAAGAGUAAUUACAGUGGAGAGACAGCGCCUGGACCAGAGGAGCUGGAGGCUUUGAAAGAUGAGAAUCAACAAGUGAACUCAGACAACGAAGACAAGGUUUGGUCCUUCUUACAGACAAGGGCAUCAUUAUUGCUGAGAGCAUAUCCAUGUUCUUUAGAGGAUGAUGAAUCUGUACUGCAACAAGCUGACAGUUCUGAUGUUGCAAAAAUGGCUUCACAGCUCCGCAUUGGUGAGAGGCGGAUAUUGCAAAAUACAGUGGAUUAUGCUGAGAAGAAGAAAGACGACUUGAAAUCCUCCUCAUGAUUGUUAAAGAUUAUUUAAAGCUGUUUGUUGUUUGUCUUUGGUGCUUUUGGAUUUUAACAUAGCUUUGUUGGUGUUGUGUUUUGUUAGGGUUUUUAUUUUCUGUCUACACCAGGCAUAUUAUUAAUAAUAUUAUGUGGGCAAGUGCUGGUUUUUAAGUUAAAUAUGUGGUGGUGAUAUUAACUCCAUGUUUGUUUGUUUGUUUAUUUUCUAUAGAUUUGUUUUUGUUGAUUUAUUUUUAUUUUUUUAAAUGAUUUAGCAAAUUUCAGUUAUUUAUUUAUUGAUAUAUUGUACUUUAUCUGCACAAGUAGAUCUGCUAAGUUUCUAUCAACAAGAUGAAUGGAGUACCGUGUGAGAAUUUUCACUUCUUGUAUGUUUAUAACUUGUUCAAUAUUUCAUUUAGCAAAAUGAAUCAAAGUCACUUCAGUAGUGCUUGUGCCCUUGCAGAAGCUGCUAUCAGCACUUGUCCUGAUUUGAAGUACUGAUGUGUUGCACAAAGGAUGCUCUAAGAGGCUACUUUCUGAUAGUGCUCCUAGCUAUAUGUGAACAUCUGGCCUCAGUAUGCCUCCUCUCAUGGCUUCAUGAGUGGACUCAAAGCGGAUAAAUUUACCAGUGACUAUACUGCAUUAAGCCAGGAAUCCUCGUGCUGGAGAAGUGUUAAGUCAGGGUAUCAAGGGAAAAAGAACUUCAACUGUGGGAGGGAUGGUCGGGCUCGAUAACGAACUGCUAUGAUCUGUGCCAGCAAACUUUCGUUGCAUUGUUUACACCAUUGCCCGCUGGAGCAUACCUCAUUAUCACUGUAUCUGGUUAGAAACCUUGUUUACUUUUUAGGCCAGUUGGUUGCGAUUCAGUUUAAUUUUUAUUUGUGCAUGCAGACGUGUGUGUGUUUCUCUUUCUGUAGCGAUGAAGAUUUUAAGAAAGAGUAAAUUUUAGAAAUGCAUAAUGAGAAUGCAUAUUCUGUCGGCUUAUGCGCUCUGUUUGUAUUUUUGCUUUGCAUGUAUUUCUUUUAGAGAUAUGUCGUAAAGUGUAUGACACAAGAUUGAGGCAGGACUUUUAAAAACAUUUUGAAACUUAUAGCCCCUGAAAACUUCUCAAUGCUCUUGUCAAACAUUGUAAAUUGAUGCCAGAUAUGAUUGCAUUUACUUCGGGGUCGAAUGGUAUUCUGGGAUUUAUGAAAACCAUGUGUGAAGAAGACAGUAAGACAGCAUUUGAAAAGCAUUUAUCGUUAGAAAUUUUAAACAAAAUGUUUCAAAGGACGAAAGCAGUAAGAUAACACUUUUCAUUUUGUAAUAAUCUCAUAUAUGGAAAGGAUUUGUGAUAGCUGUACAGACGUUUUAAAUCAUGACAUAAUUUGAGGCAGGCAGUUGAUAUUUAGACUUUUUUUUGGGUCAUAUCAUACAUUUAUCAAUAAUACAUCAAUUGCUAUUUUUGGUCUCCCUAUUUCUUCAUCAGAAGCUUUAGAGUAGACCAGUUGUUUUAUCUGCCCUUAGUGUAUCUCAUGUACGUAGGUUUAUGUAUUAUUAUUUUAGUUGGAGGAAGGCAAUUUCCUAGUGGGAGAAAACUCAUGGGACGAGCGGACAGCAGAUCUUCAGAGGAAGAACCCCCCUCAAGCAAGUGUUACGGCCCUAACUACCUGACACUCUUAGGGGGCUGGGCCACACUCAGGUCAUGACUCCCAAGUGCUCUUCUUCUGGUUGUUUUGGGGUUGUUUUGCUUUGUUUUUUGGGGGUUUUUUUUCCUUUGGUCCCAGAUGAGGAUCGAACCACAGUGGUUUUGGGGCAUCUCCUCUUCUUCAGUCAGGGAAUGUUAAUGCAAUGCCCCGGAGCUUCCAGUGGAAAUAGCAAAUGUAAAUUUGUAUAAAUCUACUAGACUUUUGGGGAAUUUCUUUAUCUAUUUUCUGUUCUAUUUUUGAUCAAUGCAUAUAUUUUCCUGGCUGCAGCAAAGACAUUAAGAUAGACAAUAAGUUGCUAUCAGAAACAAACUUUUAAAAAUUCUGCCCAGUUCUGGAGAUAUCGGUAGUGUGAGGAAUCCUGAGGAUUCUGCUGGAGCAUAUUAAAGCCCAUAGUGAUAGAAAUUGAUGCUAAAUCUAAAACUAAAAUCAAGAAUAAUUCGAAGUGUUGCUCUGAGAUUUUGACAUUUAACAUUCGAAAUUGAAAAUGACAGAAAAUUAGUGCACACGCUAUAUGACUGCAUCAUCAAGAUUCGUGUUCACGGAUUUGCCUUCUGCCAAUGGAGCGACGACAGAUAGUGGCAAUGGAAAGGGGAACCAAGGUAUUAUGGGUUAUUAGCAAUCUUUUCAAACAGGCUCCCAAAUGCUAUUUUCAGCCCUCCGAAAGUACUUAAUUUAAAUAAAGUUCUUUGAGGAUGUUGUCCGUGGUCCAAGACCCACGACAGAAUUUUCUCCACUUUUAUUUUUUGGAAGCGCUGGAGAAAAGCGGUGGUCAUAGACAGGUGGUCCUUUUAAACAGUGUCAUUAGGAUAAUUAUACAGAAAAAAAUGCUAGGGGAGAGUGGGAAGUUUGUGCAAAUGGUUGUCUAGGACAGAUGGUUGUUAGAGGUGGUUCGACUGUAUUUAUUAUGAUGUGUGACAUUCUAGAUCAUUUUGCCUUGAGUUUUUAGUUGUAUAUGUUUUUUUAGUAUGCAUAUGUAAACUUGAGUUCAGUACCUUUUUUAAAAAUUAGGGCUAGCUGGAAUGUGCCAAGCAUGUUCUUGUACUAAUUUGAAGUUACAUUUCUAUAAACUUAAUGACUCAUGUGAGAUAUAUAGGUCCCACUGUUUUGAUGAAAGGGAGGAAGAAAACAGAUGUAUACUUUGGCUUGUCAUUUUGUUGUUUCAAUUUGCAAGUCGGCCUCUCAUUGUAAUUACUUCUUACACUUUGCUUUGUUCUGUGGUAGGAAAUAAAGUGUGUUCUCAGGACUGUAUUAUUCUUACAAAACUCUCUGUUGUUAAGGUUUUCUUGUAAGGUUCAGAGUUAAUUGUAAAUUUUACUUCAGUCAGUAAUCAUUUUACUCUUGAGUUGUAAGGAAAUGAAUUCAAUCUGGAAUGUGAAUGCUUUUUGACUAUACCUUGCAGUCAUCAUCUAUAUCGACGAACAAGUGCCUUACCCUAAAGUAAGUGUGCGUGUAUUUUAGGAGUUUCUGUAUUUAUCCUUAAGUUUUGUUUGGAUGAGUGCUUGUGUUCCUCCUUGUGUUCUUCCCCAGUCUCUACUUGUUUAUACACUUGUUCAUAUCUGAUAAUGCCUGAUACUGCUUCCCCUUCCUCACAAAAAUACAUUUUCUCACCUGUACAAAUGAAAUAAAGUUCUCUAACUUAUUACAUUUUUUUCCCUUUGUGUUCAGGAUUUUUUUGUCAUUUGUGGACUUCUUCUACAUGUCAGUAGAAUUUAAAAAGUGACAUUACUAUGCCACCAUUAUGUUCAAACAAGAGUUGAAUUAAACGUUAAGACAACAAAAGUGAA